GCAUUGUCGGAUGCAUUUCGAGGUGGAGCAAAGCUUACUUCCGUUUGUCAUUCAGCUAGAGAGCUGCUGGAUACCCGGUGUGUCACUUGUCAGGAAGCUGCAUUUUGUGACGAGACAUCAUGACACUUUUUCACUUUGGGAACUGUUUUGCUCUGGCCUAUUUUCCGUACUUUAUAACCUACAAGUGCAGUGGCCUCUCGGAGUACAAUGCCUUCUGGAGAUGUGUCCAAGCUGGAGCAACGUACCUGUUUGUCCAACUUUGUAAGAUGCUGUUUCUAGCCACAUUUUUUCCCACGUGGGAAGGAGGAGUAGGAGCGUAUGACUUUGUAGGGGAAUUUAUGAAAGCCACAGUGGACCUUGCAGACCUUUUAGGUCUCCAUCUCGUUAUGUCUCGCAACGCUGGCAAAGGAGAGUACAAGAUCAUGGUGGCUGCCAUGGGCUGGGCAACAGCAGAGCUCGUGAUGUCGAGGUGUCUUCCACUGUGGGUCGGAGCCAGAGGGAUUGAGUUUGAUUGGAAAUACAUCCAGAUGAGCUUUGACUCAAACAUUAGUUUGGUACAUUACAUUGCUACGGCAUCAGUGGUAUGGAUGUUUACACGAUACGACCUUCCAAAGAGCUUCAGGCUGCCUGUGACUGUGCUGCUGGCUCUCUGUGUCUACAAGGCCUUCUUAAUGGAGUUGUUCGUUCAUGUCUUCCUGUUGGGCAGCUGGACAGUGUUGCUGGUGAAAGCCGUGCUGACUGGGGCCAUCUCUCUGUGCUCGCUUUUCCUCUUUGUCACUCUGGUUCACUCCAACUAAAUAAACCUCAGCCCCCCCUGGGCUGAAGCCUUUGACGGUCUUUCUGGUCCUGAUAGGACCGGGGUUGUCCUGAAUCAGGAGCUGACACCACAUCAGUCUUGAUGUCACCAUACAACAUUCAAGAUGGCUGAAAAACUACUGUUGAUAUUGUUGGGCAUGUCUGCCUGGAACACUUACCAGUUCUCCCAGUUUAUUGUGAUGAACCCAUUGUUAAAAACUGUGCUUUCAGGCAAUCUGUUGAAGUUGCAGAGCUGCGGUGGUUACAUCAGAAGGCUUCUGUAAUACGAUUGGCUUACCUAAGCUGUGUUGGUUUCAUGGAAAUGUGACUUUUAUAUCAAAUGAAUUGAGACUUAGUUAACAGCAUAUUUAGUUUUAAAUGUUUUCCAGCAUUAACGCUCAACAUAAGAAGUUUAAUAUAUAACAAACAAAUGACAUCAGUAGUUUGUUUGCCCACAUAUGUGUCUUUUUGUUUGUAUAAAAGUAGUAAAAACAUGCAUUCUUGGACAUUUUUUUCUAAUUAUUGAAAAGACUUAAGGUCUAAAUAAAAAAUCUGAAAUGCCUGUUGUAAAAUUAAUGACAGGUUCUGUGAUUUUGACAUAAAUAAAUGUCUUUGUAUUGUCUUCUUUCUCUCAACUGUCCUUUAACAAUCAGCCUAAUUUGUUUUUUUUUAAUAAAGCACUUGCAGCUAUCUCAAGACAA